AUGACUCUAACAGGUUCAGACUUAGAAAUUCAGACCAUCGUACAAUGUAAUCUAACUAAUGAAUGUAUUGUGCCUGGUAUUACAACUAUUCCAUUCCGUAAGCUUUUAGAAAUUUGCAAAUCCCUGCCGCCUGGUUCUUUGCUAGAUAUCACCGUUGAAAACAACAGAUGUAUUUUAACAUCAGGCCAGAGUCGGUUCUCUAUAUCAACGCUUGAUGCAACUGACUACCCACUCAUGAAUAAGUCAUCAGCCACACCAAUAAUUGUGCGCACAAACCAAGGAGAUUUGAAACGCAAUAUUGAUAAUGUGAUGUUCUCUAUGGCUGUAGAUGACGUGCGAUAUUAUCUAACUGGGGCUUUAUUUGAUAUUAAAGAAAAUAGCAUAAAGAUUGUGACCACAGAUGGUCAUCGCUUAUCUUGCUCGGAGUUUGAAUCCAAGUGUGAUGACUUCUCCCAAAUCAACAGCGAAAAACACAUCAUUCUUCCACGCAAAGCGGUACAUGAUUUAAGUAAGCAACUUGAUUCUGAGGAUAAGCCCAUUGAACUACGUAUGCAUACAGACUUAAUGGCCUACAACAUCAUCAUAAAUACACCUUCCGGCAACACCCUUCACAUAGACAACACAAUCUUACUGCUUGAUGCUAAAUACCCUAAUUACAAUCGAGUCAUACCGAAAGACAGCAACAAGAUCGCCGUGAUUGAUACGGGUUUAUUUAAAGAUGCAAUGCAGCGUGUCGCAAUUUUAAGUAAUGAAAAAUUAAGAAUCAUUAAACUUACAUUUUCUACAAACCUUCUUCGAAUUGAUACCAAUAACAGCGACAAAGAAGAAGCCUUUGAAGAAAUUCCGAUUAAAUACGCAAGCGAUGAAGUUUGUAUCGGUUUCAAUGCACAGUAUUUAAUUGAAAUCAUGUCUACACUUAACAAUCAAUUUGUAGAGAUGUACAUGAGUGGUGAUACAAGUUCAACACUGGUCAAGGCUAUCCAAAAUGAACACACUUUAUAUGUCGUAAUGCCAGUCAGAGUUUGA